AUAGAUAGAUAUAAAUUAAUGAGUUAAACCGUUUAUGUCUCUGAGAAAAAAAAAUCGGGAUAAAUAAAGGGAUUCAAAAUCAACGUUAAAUCGAAUAAAACAAUUUUACGACAUUAGAUCACACGGCUCUUAAAUCGCCGUGAGAGCAUAUGGAGCAAACAACAGACUUUCACGCGCAUGAAGUUGAGAGAUCGCUGCUGCGUGACGUAGACCAUCGUUCGUGCAGCUUUGAAAACAGCAUCGUCGCUCCAUCACUGAUGUCCUCUAAUAUACCGCUGCUGCUGAAGACAAGGAUAACAUAAACGGAGCUCCAACGACACACUAUACACUCUAUACUCCGUUUUUGUAUUUAGCAGUGUGUGUACGUGUGCUCGGAAACCUGACGCGUCAUAGCUCGCUCUGCACCAGCCGAGGCAGGCGGCAGUGCUGAGGAGUCUUUGCCGUAGCAGUUGCAGCCGAAAGAGAGGGGACUAGGCAAGCUUGUGUGAAUGUUGGCUGAGUUAAGGAACGCGGCAGGAUGGCGUCCACGGGCACGCAGAUCUUCGCCUUCGUGCUGGCAUUGCUAGGCAUCCUAGGUGCCACGGUGGCCACGUUACUGCCUAACUGGAAGGUGAGCGCAGAUGUUGGCUCAAACAUCAUCACUGCCAUCUCGCAGAUGCAGGGACUGUGGAUGGACUGCACCUGGUACAGCACAGGCAUGUUCAGCUGUACACUAAAAUACUCUGUUCUGGCACUGCCCGCAUACCUGCAGACGGCACGCACCACUAUGGUGCUUUCCUGCGUGUUGGCAGCACUGGGAUUGUGUUUGGCCUCUGUCGGUUUAAAGUGCACUCGCUGGGGUGGGGGACAGCGUGCUAAACGUCAUGCUGCCAUGGCAGCCGGCACCUGCUUUCUGGCCUCUGGCUUUCUCUGCCUUGUUCCUGCCUCCUGGUACACAAAAGAGGUUAUUGUCAGUUUCCUAGACGCCAACGUGCCCGAAAGCAACAAGUUCGAGCCGGGCGGUGCCGUCUACGUAGCCUUCGUCUCGUCUGGUUUCCUUCUCGUGGGUGGAUCCAUUUUCUGUCUGUCCUGCUCGGGUAAGCGACACGGCCACCAAGAUUUGAUACUUCUCCCUCCAGACAAACUCCUCCUGCAGCAGCAGCAGCAACUGCUGCAACAACAGCAGCAACAGGACCAGCUCCAGCACCAGUACUGUUCUCUCUCCCCAUUGGAUAACAAGACUGGCUACAGCCUGCAGGACUAUGUAUAGGAGACUGAUAGUUCUGGAGCAAGACAAGUGCAAUGCACUGCCACUCGACCUCUUGGCUCUCAUGAUUACAAGAUGAAAGGGCAAGAGGGACCACAACUUUGAAGCAUUUCCCUUAUCAUUUCCAUCUCUCCCCUUUUUAAGAUCAGUAAGCACAAAACGGUGGAAGUAUUCCCUUAAGCGAUGUCUACGAACAGAUGGAUUGUGAAUACUGAGGGGCGAGUGGCAGCAAUGCUGCAGUAGCAACAGCUAAAGCAGUGUGAAAGACUGAGCAAGAUAAUAAAUAAAUGCACAUAUCCAUCAUCCUAGUAAAUCUUAUUAAAGUGUUCCUCUGGGAACGGAUUAGCAACAAGGGAAUGUUUCUGCUACUUCAAAUCCCACCCCCCUUCCCAAAGAUCUGAACUCAGAAGCAAUCGUUUAGCUGCUAACAAUUGUUUGGUAACCUCUGUUUAAAGUAAGAUGGCAAUAUGUCUCUUAGGGGCAACAGUAUGGGAGAGCCCUUGUUUGGGAGAUUCUUUGCUUUUCUUUCUAUUUGAGUAAUGGUUGUAUUAAUGAAAUCUCUUUUCUUAUUUUGGUAGCUGAUAGGGUGAUUGAUAUUCUGCCUAAGCAUGCUUUUUGGAGCCUGUGCAUAAUGCAGUGGAAUGCCUGAUGUAGACUGAAUUGUAGCCAUAUAGCCUGUGCCUAAAGAGCUGUAGUACAUAAACCGCUGAAACUGUUUGGAGAGAAGUAGGAGGAGAGAGUGAAUAGGGGUUGCUGGGUCAGGCAUGUAUGGGAAAUCCAUAUCGAGGCUGAGAGGAGACUGCCCCUUCUUACGUCAUGUGGACAAUGUAAUGUUGUGCUGUUCAACACUUUCGUAUUGUGCCCCAGACAAAAGCAAGCUGCCUUCAGCUCAGGGCAUGCUGUUUGCUGCUCUAUCAGACACAUACUUUCAUACACUUACCAUGCUGCAUGUGUGCUUUUUACUCAUGCUGCUGCUCACUGCCAUGGAAAUGGGAUUCUACACCCAAAUACGUGUAUUGUCAAGGGGUUGUGUCUCUCUGCACACUCAGAGGAUGGUGGUCCUGUCUGUGACGAGCUGGAGGCUGUCAUAAAUCUCUCCAGCCAACAGCAGAGGAUUGGUGUCUAGAGACUAAGCCUCAACAACACCCCUUCUCUCAGAUGGGAGGGUCCAUCUGACCACCCCCGAGCUUAAGAAUAUGAUCUAUAGACAAUAUAUGUGCAGCAGUUUUGUUGUAGAGACAUAACAUCAACAAAGACAAGAUUGAGUUUCAGUAAUUGGCAGCGAUUUUAUGGAAGCAUGUGGCACCUGAUAAGGCUGCAGUCUGCUUGUGUCCACUCUCACAGGAAGUAGUCCUUUGCCAAAUGACUUCCCUUUUUUCCAAAUUUGAACAAGCAGCCACAUUUGCCUACAAAUGCAACAGCAGUGUAUCUGCUGACAGAUUGUCACCAAUAAGGGGCUGUUUACGUCAUCUCAAAGGAAUAUUUCAGAUCAUUCUUAACUAGGGUGGCCAUAUGCACCGUUCAUACAGGACACAUCCCGGCCAGGAUUUUAAUAUUGCCUAAAAUAUCCAGGUUUUGGCUGUUUGCACUUUGCAGGUCGAUUGUUGUGUGACAUUCAUGAGAGCUAUAGAGAGCAGAGCAGACGGCUCCUUAUGCUUUCGGAUUGCUAUCACACCUACUUUGGUGUCUUUUUUGAUCGGUGCACAGCGACGCUUCAAAUCAAAUGAAUGUACAACCACGUGCGCAUAUUUGCAUUGCUUUGAUCACUCCCUGUAGACCUCACCUUCUCACGCGCAGCCCCACGAUUGGUCGAUUAUGUACAAUACCUACAUGUUAUUGAUCAAACUACUUUGGAUCUUUUAGUCAAUAUUAAAAUCCUGGCCAGGAUGUGUCCUGUAUGAACGGCGCAUAUGGCCACCCUAUUCUUAACAUCUGUGGCAUCCUGUCAAUUACCAGAGAAAGGGAAACAGUUAAACAUUUAAAGUGUUUAUUUACGGUGCUGCUCACAUACCUUCCACUGUUAUUACUAUGAAAGAAUUAACACUUUGUCAUCAUAUGCGCACCCUUCAGGUUGUUUCCAAACCUGUAUGAGUUUGAACUCCUACAGAUUUGGAACUUGUAUAAAGUCAUUGGCAACCAGUGGUUACCAACAUUCUUCAAAAUAUUUUCUUUUGUGUUCAACGGAAGAAAGAAGUUCAUACAGGUUUGGAACAAUAUGAGGGUAAAUAAUGACAAAAUGUCAAUUUUUGGGUGAAUUAUCCCUUUUAAAUUUAUUUCCCAUUUGUUUUCACAGACUUGAUAGUAGUAAUCAGUCAGCCACUUCCAACUGAUGCAGUUUUCAUAUAAACUUAAGAAGUCAAUUUCCAUCUUUGGUAAACAGACAGCAUGCCACAAAUACCGUCCACUGAGAUUAAUAUUCAUUUAAGUACAAGAAACUUCAGUGUCAUGCUCUACCUCCCUAAGUGCUCACCACCCCGUUCUCCCUGAUCGCUUAUGGGUGUUGCCUCUGACAGCCAGAACAGUUGCAUGUCAUGUGCAAAUUUGCCAAUGCAUGUACACACACCCCGUCAUAAGCAUACCCCCUCCCCUGCAUAUAUAACUUGUGCCAAGAGUUAAGUAAGUUUGUGUUGUGCUUGGAUGCAGCCAUGCAUUUCUAUGUUGCUGAAGGGAGGAAUGCAAUUUCAGUGUUGUUCUGCUCUGGCAAAAAGGGCUUUGGCAGUGAUGGAUAGCACAGCACAUUCUUCCUCUCAAGCAGAUUCCCAUAGGCGAGCAGAUGGCUGGUCCCAGUUCGCCCCCUGCAGGCGGCAGCGGGGAUGCUGCGUGGGCACAGCCAGGUUUUGUGCUGCCCCUCUAGAGCAGAUUAUGCCCUCCUCAGCAGACCAUGCCAGCUCCUGGACAAUAACAACUGCCCAUGCACCAUUACCGAAUGCAAUAAGCACUCCUCCUACCCUCCAAAAGUAACGAUGCACUGAAAUGUUAUAAUUAUGAAUGUGCCAAACUCAUGACUACUUUGCAAAUGUAUGUACAGGUGUACUGUUCUGUUUGCCAAAUGCAAGAUGAUUUAAAGUUUUCAAAAGACUGUCAUCUGUACUGGAAGAUAAUUUAUAAAUAUGAAGUUGAACAACUAAUCAACUAAAAUUCAACUAAUCUUAAAUUCCAAAGCACAAUGAUUCUAGGAUCACAAGCUGUUCAAGUUCACUAGGGCAGGCUUAAAAGGACUGAGAUGAUUUUAAAUUGUGCUUUGGGAUUUCAUAUUCAUCAAAGCUCUGCAAAGAUUGCGUUUAUCAUUAUUCAUUUACUGAGAGCACUGUUCAACACCCAAGCAUGUUCACAGCAAAUCUUCUUUAUAAGAAGACAAACAUUUACACCUUUAAUUGUGUAACCUCAUUUGAAAGCAAUUUUUUGUUUUGUUUUUUGUUAGCUUAACAUGGUAAAAGAUACACUGAAAUGAAGAUACUUAUCUGUAAGAAGAGGUUUUGUAAUUAUAAAGACAAACUAUUCAUAUAUUGUUAUGGUGCAGCUUGUUUAUUUGCACGCUAGAAAAAGUUUCAUAUUAUCCAGAUGAAACAAACAGGCCCUUUUUGUUCAGUGGCCAAUUUAAUUAUUUCUCAUUGGAUAAAUGCAGUUUAUAUUUUGGUGGAUGCUUCUGCACCUUCUUAAUUUUGCAGAGAAUACUGUUUGAAUAUUUCUGUACUGUUCUCUCAGUGUGCUUGUGCAAGUAGUUAUAUUUUUAUUAAUAAAAAUUGAUGUAUGCAGUAUGUUCUUAAAAACAA